UUGGUAUCGGCUGCUCUGGCGGGAGUUUGGGGGGUGAAGAGAGAGAUACAGAGAGAGAGAGAUGAUGCCAACCGUUCGGGAUGAACAUGUGUGAUGGGAAGUGCAAUGUGCUGUGGUCUGUCAUAGUGUAGAACGCUGCGGUCUGUACUCAAGUUAGUGGUUGCAGCCCUGCAUGGUGCAGUGUGGAACGAGUGGUGUUGCUGCUGUCUUGGUGUGGUGUUGAAUCUGGCUUGCGACUACUGCUGCUCCUGCUGACAACGCAGCGUUUUAGUGUGGUGCAACUGUGCGUGGCGUAGCGCACGUCACUUUUCGAGUCGUCCGGCGUGUCCCUCGUUGCGUCGUGGCGUUACCGCGGCGUGGAAGCGGUGGGUGACUGAGAGUGGCGCUGAGGCUCGCUCCUUCCUAUCCUCCGCCGUGCUCGCGCCGCGUGGCCAGCCGCCUCGCCGGGAUGCCCUCCGUCUCUGUGCGCCUGCCGUGCCGGCGUCGAGGCCGCCGCGUCUCCUGGGUGUGCGUCUCCUGCAGGCUCGUGCCAGAAGAGACAGAGGAGGACACCAGCUCACAGGGGCUGCUUAGCGAGCAGGCGACCCGCACGCGCCCGCACACGACAGAUCGGUGUCGCGUGUGCUCCAGACCUCUGCACAAGCCAGGCAGUCGCUGCCCAGUUUGCAAGUAUGCCGGCCACACGAAGGCAAGCCGUCCUCAAGGGCAGAUUGCUGUGGAGCCUCCUGUGAGCCGUACCCAGCCGAGCAGUGCCAAGCUGCCGCUGAUACAGCCAGAGAGGACGACGCCCCAGGCUUCAGCAAGCGCCGCCGGGACCUACGAGCUGGUGAACCUGCCCAAGACGCAUAUGUCCUGCAGGGCACGCGUGGCCGAGAUGGAGGCCCCCUUCGAGUUCGACCUGACGUACAUCACGGAGCGUAUCAUCGCCACCACGCUCCCGCCCGGCAUCCCGGAGCACGCGCACCAGAGCAGCCUCCGCGACAUCGCCGGCAUGCUCACCUCCAAGCACGCCGACAAAUACCUGAUCAUUAAUCUUUCCGGAAGGCGGAAUGAGAUGCUACAACUCAACCCACAGGUGUUGGAUUUUGGCUGGCCCUCGCGCCACGCGCCUCACCUGGACACGCUGUGUAGCAUCUGCAAGGCCAUCGACUCCUGGCUCAACUCACACCCCCUGCAUGUCACUGUGCUUCACUGUGCGGGUAACAGCGGGAGUGCCGGUGUUGUUAUCGCUGCCUUUAUGCACUACAGUGCCAUCUGUGCCAGUGCGGAUCAGGCUCUGGACAGAUUUGCCAUGAAGAGGUUUUACGUGGAAAAGUUUGCGUCACUCACCCAACCCUCACAGCAACGGUACGUGUAUUAUUUCAACGGCCUACUGUCAGGUUCCAUCAAGAUGAACAGUGCCCCUGUGUACCUCUCCCACAUCCUCCUUCAUGGCGCAUGGGGUCCCCCAGGUGGGCGCGUUUUCCUGCGCUUGUACCAGGGGCUGCACCUGUACUACACCUCACCUGUGUACACGGUCCGGGCGGAGGUGCGCGACGGAGCCCCGCUGUGCAUGAGCCUCUCCCCGGGAGUGGUGCUCAAGGGCGACAUCCUGGUGAAAUGUUACCGGAGCUCGGAGGACGGUCGGGAGGUGGUAUUCCGCGUGCAGUUCCACACGUGCACGCUGCAGGGCAACCGCCUGAAAUUCACCAAACACGACCUGGACGAAGCUUGUGCUGAUCCUGGCUUCCCAGACUCUGGCCAGGUCGAGUUGCUCUUUUCCUCUGGCCCAGUCCAUGAUGUUGGGAAAGGAGAUGUACCCCCGGGCAUUACGGUGGACUGCAGUUCCAGUGACCCUAUCCUCCGCUGGGUCUCAUACGGGGACCUUCAUGCUCAGCUCACUAAUGCAGAUUCAUCAUGCAAACAGGGAGAGAGAUUCCCUGGGGGUGAGGCAUCCCCAGAGCUCUCCCUCUUCACUCACUCAGCCCCUACAGCCACAACUCAUCCCACUCUCUCCGUAAGCAGCGACUCUGGCCACUCCACCGCCUCUGUGCGCACAGCUAACGAACCCUACUCGCAGCCGCCACAAGCACAGCCACAACAGCACCAACUCCUACAACAACAACAGCAGCAGCAGCGGCAGCAACAACAACAACAACAGCAGCAGCAGCAUCAUCAGCAGCAGCAACAGCCACAGUCAACGUCGCCCUCCGAGUUCACGGCCGCGGGCAGGAGUGGCGAGCCUGGGCCACCCGCGCCGUCCGUGCCGUCGGGCCCGUCGGCGAGCGAGCAGCGGGACCUGGACGAGCUGCUGAGGGGCUUCAGCCUGGACGGGGGCGACCCGUGCGACCCGGGCGAGCCUCACCGGGGCGGCCCCAGGACAGCCGGGACGCAGCUGCACGCCAUGCGCGGCCUGCAGCAGAACGGGGGUCACGCAGGCGGGGUCGCCGUGAGCAUUCCCGUGGGAGGAGAAGCCCGGCACCACAAGGUUCUGGUCCAGGUGCACACCGAGCGCCGAGCCGGUGCCGGCAGCGGCGGCGGCGGCUUGAAUGAUCGAGAGACGGACAUUCUGGACGACGAGCUGCUCCCCCCGCACGACCUGCGCAGCGUGGACAGCCUGGGCACGCUCUCCUCGCUGGAGGGCGGCACGCUGAGCCCUCCGGGGGCCGGGCCCGGCGGGGAAGGGCUGGGUGGCGACGGUGGGCCCGCGGCCGGGCGCUACGGCUUCCUGCCGGAGCCGCACAAAGUGAGCCAGUGCUCGCUGCUGUCGGACAGCACCGGCUACAACACGGUGGAAGAGCCGCAGCAAGACACGCCGUGCCCCACGCACAGCUGGGUGCAGCAGCAGAGCAUGUACGCCAACGUCGGCGCCAACGCCAACGCCGGGCCCGGCGGCUCGGCGGGCGUGGACGAGUACGGGCUGACGUACCGCUCGCGGACUCCGCUCGUCGCCACCGCCGCGUGUUCGGCGCCCGCGCAGCAGAACAUCAUCUACUCCGAGCCCAGCGGGGACUCGGGCGCGCCGGCGGUGCCGCACACACCGGCCCGCGGCUCCAGCAGCCGCCACGCCGUGCAGCGCGGCGUGGGCUCCUGGAGCUCGCACGGCGGCGGGGGACAGCUCGCCGCUACGCUUCGCGGGGGCGACUCCCCCGCGCCGCCGCUGUCCGCCCUCAGAAUGGAGGGACGGCAGAAUGACCACGGCCAACGGGAGAGCCCGAGCAGCGGCGCCGACGGGCCCCCGCUGUCCCCGUCCCAGCAGGACUUGGAGCUGUCGCUCGAGACGCUCAAUCAGCUGAUCCUGGACCUGGACCCCACCUUCACGCCCGUGCCCACGUGCACCCCCUUGUCCACGCUGCGGCGUCAGACUCCUACCCCGCUCGGUUCACGGGCGAGCGAAGCGGGGUGCCACCCGGAGCACGUGCGGCUGCAGUGGCCUGCCCCGGGUUCGGAGGACGAGCCGGAUUUUGGGAAUGGUGGCCGGGACUUUGGGAAUGCCAGAAAUGCCUCCUCGACAGGUGGCAGCUAUAAGUCACCGGCGUCCGUAACCGGCAGCGCGGGCUCGAGCGUGGGAGUGGGCAUGCCGGGAUUCUCCGAGCCACCGGCAAGGGAGGCGGGAGGGCGAGCGAAGCCCGGAGAGACGGGCAGCGUUGGGUCGGCCACUUUUCCGGGGCGCGGUGCCGGACUGACGGAGCGGAGCUGGGCUCAGCAAGGGGGUCCUCACUGGGAACAGACGGGGAUCACGCAGCAAGGCAUCUCAACCAUGGAGGCAAGGGGCCGGCCUGUGCACAGACGCAACCUCAGCAACGGUCGCUAUGACAACCAGGAUGGCGAGCAAGGUGCCGAUGGCCUCAAUGGCAGCGCCGGCGAACAGAACAUCUAUCGGGCCACCGUGCGGUCACCAGUCAGAGCCAUCUCGCCAGAGGUGCGCAACAUCAUCGCCGCCAAUCCUGGAGGCCGACCGCGAGAGAGGCACAUGCACAGUUACAAGGAGGCAUUCGAGGAGAUGGACCAAGACCCGGGCAGUCCACCUCCCCGUUCACCAGAAGCACGUUCCCCGAUUGGUCUGGCUGAGACGCCGCUCUCUGCCCUCAAGCUCAAGCCCCACAAGCCCAUGGAGAUCCACGUCUCGUCGGCGCAGGACGUGCCUGACAGCGCCAUUCCCAGGUCCACCCUGCCCGAGCCGUGGAGCUACGUGGAGACCGUGGCUCGGAACGCCGAGGCCGACGCCGCCAGCGCGGGCCAGCGCGCCUCCCCUUACCACUCCUCGCACGCCGAGCCCUACGCCGCGGCCUCCUGCGGGGAGCCUCGCCCAGACCCCGCCGCCUUCUGGUCGUCUCAGAGACGAGGCCCCGCGGCCGGCGCCACGCCUCGUGACAACGGCGCGAAUGCUCAGUAUCCCGCGCAUCCGGAUGGCCCCGUCGGUCUCCUCGCCAUCUCCGGGGCGCAGCAAGCAGGCGCCUACAGCGGGUACGCGGGCGUGCAGGACUCGCGGGCCAGGCCCGAGCAGGCGCGGCAGCACGGACCGUACGCCGGCCAACCGCCCCACGACCAGCACCGCGACGCUGCGGUGACGCUGGCCCGUCAGCCGUCACCCUGGGAGGAGACGCCUGGUUUUUCGGAUCCACGCGGCACCCCGUACUUAGAUGCCGGCUUCGGUGCGUACAGGGCUAACCAGGCAGGAGUACGGUACAAUGGUACGGAAGACCCGGCCGCCGGCAAACAAGGGAAGCCCGAGCUGUACGCCUACGGGCCCAAUCAUGGAGCACAGCAAGGAGUGGCGUCCUUGCAGCCGGCUGGCAUCAGGACGGCCACGCCAGUGGACUUUCAGCAUGCAGCCCAGCAGAGCGUCCCGUUCAGUGGCAUGGAGGACAGAGCUGUCUCAGCUCAGAAGCAGCCCGGCCGGGCUGUCGAAGGCCAGGCUUCGUACGACGAAGCAAUGCUCGCGGAUGCCAUGAGGCUGCACCCUCACCCAGUCAUCUCUGGCGUGGCCUACUAUGGCCGGAAAAGUGAUGAUGGAGGCCACGGUGGCUCAUCGCUCAGCUACGGAGGCCAAGGGCCUGGGUCCUCGAAUAUGUACGGAGUCCAGGCGGCCUCAGCCAAUCCAGGCAUCCUGCGGAGACCCCCAGGGUCGGAGAGCCCGGCACUGUCGCACCGGAGCACGGGUGAGACUCCCGGGUUUGGCGACGGCGUCAGAGCUCUGGGCCCUGUGCCGCCAAGCCCUAGGCUGGUGGCUCGUGGCGUCCACACGUCCACGCCGCACGACGACUACCGGCGGCAGCUCGCUCCGCUUUCGGGCCGGGAGAGCGGUGGCAGCGGACGCUCGUCGGUGAACAGCGCGCUGAGCUACGGUGCGGCGACGCCGUGCGCGUCGCAGAGUCUAGCCUACGAAGCGGCAACGACGCCGCCGGCCAGCACCUACAGCCUCAACUACAGCACCUUUUCCACCACCUCCUACGGCCCAUCGGGCGAGCAGCAGCCGUUCGGGAUGUCGGGCGUGGCGGCCUCGGCUCACGCGACCCAAACCAGGUUGCCCCGAGGCUCCAACGACGAGGGGCGGCCCGGGGAGGCGUCCCCACCGCGCGUCUUCCCCGGCUGGGACGAGGGAGGUUCUCCAGAGGGACGGGGCGGCAGCGGCAGCGGCGGUCGGAGUGCGAUGCGGCUGUCGCCCGGCAACGUGAACGGGAAGUUGUCGACGUCGCCGCUGUCCAGCGGCCUCUCGAGCCCCGGGGGUUCGAGCACGCACAGCGCCGCGGCCUUCCCGCACUCGCUUCCCGAUUGGAGCCCCACACACGGUUCCCCGGUCAGCCCAGAUGGGAAUUUGGAGUCACGUGUGAACUUUGUGCAAGACACAUCCAAGUACUGGUACAAGCCCGACAUCUCCAGAGAUCAGGCGAUCACCAUGCUGAAGGGUCGGGACCCGGGAGCAUUCGUCAUCCGUGACAGCAGUUCCUUCCGUGGGGCCUACGGGCUCGCUUUGAAGGUGGCCACCCCACCAGGUCCCUCGCUGGACAGCAAGAAAGGUGACCCUGCGUCGGAGUUGGUCCGCCACUUUCUCAUCGAGUCGACCCCCAAGGGUGUGCGGCUUAAGGGCUGCACCAACGAGCCGGUGUUUGGUAGCCUGUCUGCCCUCGUCUAUCAGCACUCAAUCACGCCCCUCGCCCUCCCGUGCAAGCUGCUCGUCCCAGAGCACGAUCCUCUGGACACUUCUUCAGUGAAUUCUGCCUCAGAACUCCUCAAGCAGGGCGCAGCCUGUAACGUGCUCUUCCUGGGCUCCGUGGAGAUGGAGUCGCUCACGGGGCCUCAGGCGAUUGGCAAGGCGACCGCUGAGAUCCUGGACAUGAAGCCACGGCCCGUGGCAACGACCGUGCACUUCAAGGUGUCGGCACAAGGCAUCACGCUCACCGACAACCAGCGCAGGCUGUUCUUCAGGCGUCACUAUCCGGUCUCGACAGUCACGUUCUGCAACGUGGAUCCCGAAACGAGGACGUGGGUGCAGGCGGAGGGCGCUCCGGGAUCUCGGGUGUUUGGCUUUGUGGCCCGCAAGCCCGGCUCGUCCACCGACAAUCUGUGCCACCUCUUCGCUGAGCUCGACCCCGAGCAGCCGGCCGCCGCGAUCGUCAACUUCGUCUCGAAAGUGUUGCUCACCUCCCAGAAGCGCUAAGGGCGCCUCCUCCUCCUCCCACGUCCUCCAUCCCUCCCUCCCUCCCUCCACCCCCACCUCCUACCUAUUCCCACCCGCGCCCUCCAGCAUGGAAUGUGCACGUGCUAACUACUCCUGCAUAAUAACCUUGCUUAUUAAGUGUAUUCGAGUUUACUAGUCUGCUUACUUGUAUCCAACACAUGAAGGCAUAGCGUAUGCAGGAUAUUACACAUCUGCUGUAAACUAGGGCCUCGCAUACGGGCACGUACACUUAGUACGCAUACACGCACCUAGGCGCUCGUUUCGGGCAAAGGUGCGUCACGCUAUGUUGCGCGCACGCACGCACACACGCACACACGCACGCGCACCCUUGCGCUCAUGCAAACACGUUCGGCCAUGUGCACUCAGGUAUAUGUGCUGACCUGCGGAUACAUGUACACAGCGCACACCGACAGAGGGUGUGCACACCAAGCACAUUCAAAAGUGGGUCACGCACAAAGUCGAGUAACCUGAGAAACUCCAUUUUGUGCCCGCAUACCUCGUGGUUACGCCACACAUUUGACCGUAUUAUCGAUGUUUUAUUGUAAUUGUUAUUACUAAUGCGCGCUGAGAAGCCGAGAUUUCCAAAACUGCCAUAUAGCCGUAUAACCGCACUCAACGCUGUCAGUGCUUUGUUCUGGUACAGUCUCAAUAUUUUUUUAACGCUCUCGUGAAAACACUAACCUACCAGGAACACCCUGCGUGCUCUCUCUCUCUCUACGGGAAAUCAUGCCAAAAAUGCCUUACGUGCCACACAUCGUGUCUGGGGAAGGACGAAUUAACGCUGUAGAUAUGGCGGGUUGCCGGAAACAUGGAAAGCAUAUGUAAUUGGCGAUAGGUGCGCCGAGUACGUUUUGUGUAAUAUCGGACUGUGGCAGGCAUGUGCGUCGUGUGGGAGCUAAGGUAUGUGUGUGACAGGAUAAUGUGCGUGUAGUGAUGAGCUGAAGGGCUGUUUGAUUGAUGUUGGGAUAAGGUGUGCGUAUGUGAUGUUGGAAUAGCACGUGUGUGUGUGUGUGUGCGUGUGUGCACUGUGAUUUUGGACUAAGGUGGGGUUCACUGGGUUUCCCCAGUUGUCAGGUCACCCAUGUGUGUCUUUUGGAGUGAACUGGGAAAGAUUUUACUUUGGAUGUGAAAGUUUUCGAACAAAGAGAAGGGGGAUAAGAUGUGAUGGUUUAUUAGUGUUGAAGCAGAGAGAUAGCACGGUUUACUCAUAUCGAAUGCCAGACUUUCAAGAUUUAAAGCCAGAGUUUGAGACAACCCAGUAGUAUUAAGGUAUAAAGCCAGUACAAGUUAGGUCUUGGUUGCGGUGUGCCUCUCCGCAUGGUGUAUCACUAAGAGCACGGCUCCGAAACACAGCGAGAGUCUCAAUAUAGCUUCUUGUUGUUAUAUUUUCAUGUGGUAGGAUUUAGCGAUUGUAGCGCAUACCUUUUGAAAGUGGACAUUGGGCAAGCAUACUGCAUGUUAGGACACCACCGCAAGAUCUCUCCAAACACCCUAUGGGCCCAAAGCCUAUAUUCACAAGCCAUGCAAAAAUUAUGUUAUACUUAUCCAAUGCUUAAUGCUUGUACCCGGUUUGGGAUAGGAAGGGGAGAUUCCUCCACGGUGAUUGUCUUUGGUUGUACUCUACUUGGAAACACGAGGAACAUGUGCAUUUGGAUGAGUGUCAGUGGUCGACAACGCCCUGUGCUGUGUAUCCACCGUCUCUCCCUGGCAUCCAUUGAUGUAUCGUGCCGCACCGGAUGGCCACAAAUCUUUAUGCCAACAGAGGGCAGUGAGCUGCCACCCAUUGUGCAUUUCCAAAUAUCAAAUUAACCAACUGUGCCCUGAAUCACUUUUUUUAUUAUCAAUGAAAUAUCCUCAUAUCUACUUUCUAAUUAUUAUUUUAACUAAACACCCUUCUGCUUUUGUUAAACAAAAAUGUAAGCCAAGGGUUGUAUGCAAUCACGUGUAAUCUGAAGUGCCUGAUUUAAUUCAACUAAGCAUUUUUUAUUGUGAUGAUAAGAAAACAGUGCCCUUGUUAAUUAACUUCGAUGAGCCAUUCGAACGUUCACUCAACAUGCAACAGGUUGCGUAGACUUGAAGGCCCGGGAAGGGCUAGCUGCUUUACCGCUGCGCGCUCACGUUACUGUAUAUGUACCAUCCAUGUAUGUAUCUGCAUAUUACAUAAUUUUAAUCCUGCACCAUUACUGAACCCAUGUACAAAUAUACGUAAUGUACUUUCAUAAAGACAUCAAUACCUUCUA